AUGGCCUCUUCAAGGAAAGAGCUAGUUCGUUCUAAAAAGUUGAAGCGAUUCGACUGCGUUACCGAUUUCUCCGACCACUACUAUUACCUCCGAUCCGAGUCGAAACAGAAGAAGAAGUGCAUCGACUACGAUAAGACCACCGUGAAGAGAAUCACGAGAGAGUGGGGAAUCCUGCAGAAUAAUCUCCCGGAAUCGAUCUUCGUUAGGGUUUACGAAGGGCGGAUCGAUCUGUUGCGAGCCGCCAUCAUCGGCGCUCGGAACACUCCGUAUCACAACGGGAUCUUCGUCUUCGAUCUCAAGUUCCCUCAUGAUUACCCCCGCUAUCCACCCAAGGUGACCUAUCGAUCUUUCGGGUUCAGGCUGAACCCUAAUCUGUAUGAAUCCGGGUACGUUUGUUUGAGCUUGUUGAACACUUGGGACGGCAAAGAAACGGAGCGGUGGAGUCCUAAAAUCUCGACGGUCCUCCAGGUUUUGCUCUCGCUUCAAGGACUGGUACUCAACGAAAAGCCCUACUUCAACGAGCCGGGGAUUAAACCGGCUUGGUCCUGGCAAUCUUACAACGCCGAUGUCUUCGUUUUGUCUUGCAAAACGAUGCUGUGUUUGUUGCGGAGGCCGGCGAAGAAUUUCGAGUCAUUCAUCGCCUGGCAUUUCCGUGUCAAUGGGCGGGUUAUCUUAAGAGCUUGUGUUGAUUACGUAGAGGGUCGAGCUCGCGUCGGGUUCUUUAACGGCGACGUCGAAGGUGAUCACGUGCCGGUUUGUUCGACGAAGAAGAUCAAGGUUUCGAAGAAAUUCAGUGACGCCAUUGUUGAGCUUUACCCACAGCUUUACAAAGCCUUUAAUGGCGUCGGAGCUUUGUUGACGGACUUGCCGGAAAAGAUUAUCGUUCCUGAAACUGAAAGGCCGGCCAGCAGUGGCAUUCUUGGUAAAUUGAAAACGUUCUGGAAAACAAUUACAGCUUAGGUUAUGUUUGCCUUAUUAUU